GUGUUCCAUUCUUCCCCCAAAACACUAGACCUACGGUCCACGGAGCACAGGCUCCAUCUCGCGCGUCGCUCGCUCAAGCUUCUCCGUCACGCAGAUUUCGCAUCUCGUCCUUGCUCGCAAGGAUCGUCGACGCAGUUCGGCAAUCUCUCUUUCUCUGUGUUGCUGUCGGAUUGUCUCUCUCUUUGUUUAUUGCUGCCGGAGAAGGAAGGGCCGAGGGCGUCGCCCUUCUAUAGGAGGAGGCAGGUUUAGGGUAGAAAGGGCUUACUUCAUUCAUGGACAAAUCAAUUCAGCUUGAUGCUUCUGCCGCUAAUGCUACGGAAGAAAAAUUCUUAGUGAUGGAAAAAGCAAAUGAUGAACGACAGAUCACUAGUGAAGACGAGAAGGUUAAGCAGCAGGUGGAACAAAUGGCUGUGAAGGUUGAUGAGCUAGAACAGAGAAUAAAUAAAGUGGCUCAGUUCUAUUCAUCUAUCAGCAAAAAGAAAUCAAAUAACACCAAAGGCAACUCUGUAAAGGACAGAGAGAGGGAUAAAGUGACUGCAAACCUGAAAAGACAAGAAGCAGCUCAACGAGAGAUUGCAUCUGAGAAGCGAAUGCAAGAACUCAUUCGACAGUUUGGUACAAUAUUGCGCCAGAUUAUGCAACACAAGUGGGCCUGGCCUUUCAUGGAGCCCGUGGAUGUUGAGGGCCUUGGCCUACAUGAUUACUAUAAGGUAAUUGAAAAACCAAUGGAUUUCAGUACAAUUAAAAAUCUCAUGGAAGCAAAGGACAGUUCUGGCUAUAAGAAUGUCCGUGAUAUAUAUGCUGAUGUGAGAUUGGUUUUCAACAACGCGAUGAAGUAUAAUGUAGAGACAGAUGAUGUGCAUGUAAUGGCAAAGACCUUACUAGGAAAAUUUGAGGAGAAGUGGCUGCAGUUAUUGCCCAAGGUUAUUGAAGAGGAAAGAAGAAGAAAGAAAGAGGAAGAAGAGGCCAAGAUGAACUUGCAGGCUGCUGAGGAAGCAACUGUUGCAAAGUUGGCGGCAGAUCUAAACAAUGAGCUGGAUGAGCUCAAUUUGCAUCUGGAUGAUCUUAGGGAAAGGGUGGUGCUUAACUGCAGAGUGAUGUCGACAGAAGAGAAGAGACAACUCGGUGCAAACUUCAUCCGGUUAUCUCCUGAAGAUCUUACGAAGGCGCUAGAAAUUAUUGCUCAGAAAAAUCCAAGCUUCCUGUCUACAGCUGAAGAAGUGGACCUGGAUAUAGAUGCUCAGAGUCCAUCCACAUUGUGGCGGCUGAAAUUUUUUGUGAAAGAAGCAUUGGAUGUUCAAGCAAGAGGCUCUGUGAACAAGGACAAUGCGAACCCCAAGCGCAAAAGAGAGGUGAAUGAUGCCGUCAACAAGAAUGCAAAAAAACGAAGCAAGAAGAUAACAUCAUAACAGCUUUCUAAUGUCUGAAAUCAGAUUGCAGUUGGUACAAUUUAGAUGACAGAGAGUACAGGAAAGAGCAGAAACCACUAAGCCAAAGUAGAAGCUGCAAGAUAAUAUUAUUCGGUACAAGCUGCGGACGUGAUAAAUACGAGGAUAAUGAGUUGCCGGCAAAAGCAGCCAAUUUCGGUGAGAACCCCACCCACGAAGCGCUCCUCUCUCCCCUUUCCCUCCCGCUGGCCCUUCCUGUUUCCCUCUCCCACUGCUCUCCCUUCACCUCCCUUCCCCCUUUUCCGCGGGGUCCGGUCUCCUCCAGUCUCCUUGUAUUUCUUUUUACAGCUUCGUUAUAGCUGUUGGGAGUUGUUACCUUUUGACAGUGAACAAAAAAAAGUUGGCAAAGGAAAAUUCAUGUUUCUGCUUUCUCUUCUCC